UGUAUUAAAUUUUUGUAGCCAAGCCUACCAACAAAUAUCUAAAUGUAAAAAGGAUAUUACUGUCUGGCUAUAAAUAGGGAAAGAUAGGUCCAAUGUUGAUGCAUUGCAUUUCAGUCUUUAGUGUUUGAUUGUUUACUCCUCUUAGUUUGUAUAUUUGUAUAGAAAAGGAAGAAGGGAAAACAAAGGAAGAGAUGAUGAGUUAUUUGGGAGUUGGAGUGAGCCCUGGAAAUGUACCAGUACAUCAUGGAAGUGGUGUGAAGGUGUUUGAGAGGAGAGUUAGGCUUGGAGAGUUGAUAUUGAGAUGUGUUAUUUGUAUAUUAGCUCUUCUUGCUUCUCUUCUUAUUGCUUCUGAUACUCAGGUCAAGAAAAUCUUCUCCAUUCAGAAGAAAGCUCAGUUCACAGACAUGAAAUCUCUUGUAUUCUUGGUGAUAGCAAAUGGGAUAGCUGCAGCCUACUCAGUGGUGCAUGUGUUGAGGUGCAUAGUGAGCAUGGUUAAAGGAAGUGUCAUCUUCAGCAAGCCCUUGGCCUGGGCUAUUUUCUCUGGUGAUCAGAUUAUGGCGUACUUGAGCUUAGCAGCAAUUGCAUCGGCCUUACAAGGUGCGUUGUUCGCGAAACUAGGAGAGCCUACAUUGCAAUGGAUGAAGGUAUGCACCAUGUAUGGCAAAUUCUGUAACCAAGUCGGGGAAGGAUUAGCUAGCGCUGUAAUUGCGAGUCUUGCCAUGGUGAUCCUUUCCGCGAUUUCAGCUUUUAGUCUGUUUCGAUUGUAUGGGGGGAACAAGGACAAGAACACUGCAAGGUGGUAGACUUGCUGCUGUUCUUAAAGUGACUAAUGUGAAGAAAAUGUACUAGUGUCCUAAUUUCUACCAGAGUAUGACACUAAAUAUGUGUACCUUAAUCAUUUGUCAUAGGUGGACAAAACUGGGACUUUCGUUUUUUCUGUAGAAUAAAUCUUGAUGUUUGGGUUUCA